UCUUGGCAUUACCAGAAGUGACGUCACAUCGCAAAUUGGUUGGUUAGGGUGCGGCGGGAUGGUGCCAAAAUGGGGAUCAUUAAACUGGCAGAUUUGAUUCGAUUGGAAGCUCCCGGUGCGAUUUCCCACAAAUGUAUCAGUGACUAUACAGGCAAGGUAAUUGCAUUGGAUACAUCAAUUGUGAUGAACCAGUUCCGUACAGCAGCACCAACACUCAAUCCACUGACCGGUCUGUUCUUUCGCACGCUGACCUUCCUAGAACACGAGAUAAAACCUGUGUUUGUGUUUGAUGGAAGGCCUCCAGGAGAAAAGCUGGCUAUUCUUCAGAAACGAGCCGAGGCAGCCGGUUGGCGCUCCCCCAACCAUUUGGGCACAGCAUCACUCCAGACAAAAGACUGUGUCCAUCUCCUGAAGCUUCUGGGUGUGCCUGUGAUCCAAGCUCCGGGAGAUGCUGAGGCCUUUUGCGCUUGGCUGGUGCGACGGGGAGCUGCGGAAUCUGUGGCAUCGGAGGACAUGGACACAUUGCCGUUUGGAGCGCAUGUUCUGAUUCGUCAACUGAAUGCGAAGAAAGACAGUGAUAUUGUGGAAUAUUCUUUACCUAAAUUGUUGGAGAAGCUCCAACUAACUCACAAAGAGUUUGUUGACCUGUGCAUCUUGCUGGGAUGCGACUACUGUGACAAAAUAUCUGGUUUAGGUCCAAAGAGAGCUCUGAGACUCAUCCAAAAGUACCGCACUAUUGAAAAUGUCGUUUUGCACAUCAACAGAAAGACCCAUCCGAUACCAGAUAAUUGGAAAUUCGAAGACGCACGAAAGUUAUUUGUGGAAACGCCACACGCAGAAGUACCCGAGUUGAUUUGGACGGAGCCGGACGAAGAAGCCUUGGUUGGGUUUUUCUGCAAGUGCGGUCAUGUCAAAGAAGAACGAGUCCGUCGGCGCAUGGAGAGAUUCCGACAGAUGCGCGAGAGUACGAGAAAGCAGAGGGAGGAAGCGAUGGCAGCGGGACAAAGGAGGCAAACUCGGAUGGAUGAAUUUUUCAGAGUUCUUCGAAAGAGGAAGCAGCCUGUGGAAGCUGCGGAAAGUGGAAACAGCAAGCGAAAGAAACCAAAACUCAAAUGAAGCCAUCCAAUGUGGAUCGGAGUUGUUUGGACGUCUGUCUGCCUUUACAGAACUCUCACAAUCAUGUGAAACCCAUUUUUGUUGUUGUUGUUUUUUAUCACGACAAAGGGUUGUGCCUCAUUUGAAAGUCACAUUUUCCAACAAAUUAUUAUUAUUAUUAUUGUGCCUUUCAAGGCAGCCAUUACAUUUAUAUUUUUCUUGCCUGAGUGGUAAAAUGCCUCAGAGUGUACAUUUUAAAGUCCAGCAUCAUCUCGCCAUCAAGAAGGGAAGAGCAAGUAGUGGCUCACUAUGAAAGAGGCCAGUGUGAUUGCUGUCAGAGUUGCCAAGGCCAAAAGAAACAGGGGACGUUUCAUCUCAAGGUAUUCAACUUGCACCUGUUGUCUAAUGUGUGCCAAGGCGCAGACCACAGACUUGAAUUAUGUUGGGGGAUUUAUUUUAUUUUUGUUUUAUUUUAUUUUAUUCCCCCCCAAAAAGAGUUCAAUGAAGCUGUUGUAAUCUGUGUCAACAAAAAUGUUUUUUCAAAAUACUCAUCGAGUUGGCCUAUACAUUGUUUAACGACUCGCAGGCAAAUUAAAACUGUGUUCAAGCAA